UCUGGUUUAUUCCCAGACUCAGAAGAGGAAAUGAAAGCAUUAGAAGCAGAUUUAUUGACCAAUAUGUACACAUCAAAGAUUAAUAGAGCAAAACUUCCUUACUGGAAAAUGACCCUGCUAAAUGUCUGCAAUCUUGUCAACAACAUAAACAACCAAGUGGAGGAAACAGUAGAGGUAGAUGAAGAGGAUCUCAUUUCAGGAAGACAGUUUCCUGCUGCUCUGGAUGGCUUCAGCUUGGAAGCAAUGCUGACAGUAUAUCAACUCCAAAAAGUUUGCCACAGCAGAGCCUUUCAGCAUUGGGAGUUACUUCAGCAAGAUGCUUUUGAGCUAGAGAACUCAAGCCAAGAUAAGGAAAUAAUGAAAAGAAAAAACCCUUAUAUUCUGAAACGGCAGCUACAUGUGAACAAAGCUAGAAGACCAUACAUACUUAAGAGAAGUUCAUAUUACUGAUGCACCAGAAGAAAACAAAUGUAUAUUUAGUUUGUAGGUAACUGUGCAUUAUGGUUAUCUUACUUAAAUCUUAAAUCAUACUUGUGUGAAAAUAUACUAUGGAAAAUCAUCAAGAUUAUGACAUAACUGUGUCUUUUUUGCAAUUGCUGUUUCUUGAUUGUGAUUUUUUUCCUACUUGAGAUUAAUUGGACCAAUACAUUUGCAAAUAAAUCUAGUUUCUAAGCAUGAUGUAUUGUACAAAAUUGAGAUGUCAACAUAUUUCCAACAAUACUGUAGUCUUUUCCUAUUUUAUAAAGCACACGAACAUACACCAUGUAAAUUGAUAUUGUCCAUAAAUCCUACUGAGAAUCUUACAAUUCCUUAAUGCAACACAUCAAACAUAUAUAUGCUUACAAAUUUUUGUAUAAUACACUAGUCAGAAGUGCCACAAUAUUUUAUGUAUUGGCCAGUUUAAUUUAUUGGGAAUUAGGUCUAAGGAAGGAAGAAAAUACUAUCAGCUACCUAUUAAGUAGCAAUUUCAAAAUUCGUAUUUUAAAUAACCUGCUUGUAAAUGAAUUUUGAGUUCUUGACUCCUAACUCGCCACUGAAGAGCCAUAGUUUAAGAAAACAAUACACAAAUGAGACUUUAUCAAAGUAUGCUAGUGAGAACAAACCCAGGUGUGCUUCAGAGUCCUGUAUAUCACUGACUAAAUGAAGAAAACAAUUUAUUAAAUAAGUAAAAGAAUUUAUAGUGUCUACCUAAUCUAUGAAUUCUCAGGGAAAAAAAAAAAAAUAAAAAAAAAAGUGGAUUCAUGCUCCUAUGCUGUCACUGUUAAAAUACUAAUCUGGUUAUAUGAGAAACUUGGGAGAAAUAUUUGAAAGAGGAAUUUAACAUCAAGACAUCUUAAAAGGCAUUUCCUUUCCUUCCCUCUAUACAUUUGUAAUAUCAACAGGCAGUUUCAGAGGUUAAAGACAGUCUUGGAAGCUGAAGGAGUGGGAAGCUCCCAGUAUGGAAAAAUUUGUUUUCAAGCUGUGAGGAAUCAAGUGUCACCUGUAACUUCACAUUUUCCAGCUCUGUGUCUGUGGUGUGUACAUGAGACUGGGGAUCUCAGUGAUCUUGGGUUCCAGUCUGGAGGAAAACAGUCUGAUAAAACUGGGGGUCACAACAACAAUCAGAGGGAUAGUCGAAGACCAAUGAGGCCUGGAUGCUCAGACCAGGAGGCAAAAAAUGGGGCAGACAUUGCUUUUGAAAAUCUACCAGUUUUCUGUUUAAGGUAUUUCCUCAAAGCAAUGCUGUUGCAAGAGAUUGUCAGAAAAGAACACUCAGAGAAUUUCCAAAUCCUCUCAAAGGUCAGAUUUUUUGUCAUUUCUUGAUAAACAUAUACAGGGAUAUGCAUAGAAAAAACAUAUCCAUACCAAUGCUUAUACCAACUUUGUUACAUGGGAGGGAUGGAAUUUUUUUUACAGUAAAAUGUAUUUGCACUAUAUCAAAGCUAACUAGAUUUCUUUUUCUCACUGCAAAAGUUAUUAGUAAAUUUAUUUAUUCAAUAGCCACUAAAUGCAUGCACUCACAAGAUAUAGCUCAUACAUGAAUUACUGUAAUAAUCAUUAUGACUUGAAUACUCAAAUCACUUAAGCACAUUUUAUCUCAACUUGUUAAAUGCUUAAUAUGUGCUUAAGGCCUUUGCUUAAAUAAGAUUCUAGUAUAUUCAUACCCUUUAUUUUUUUCUUAAACUGUCGUAGGCUUAAACUGAAGACACAGUAUGCUCUCAAGGGGCUAAGAAUCAUCCCUCUUUCCAACAGACCUACAGGCUCCUUAGUCCUAUUAUGGAUAAUUUAAAUCCCAAAUUAUCUGUUCGUCUGAAAUAACAAAGCAGAACAGAGUUUAUUCCAAAAUUCACUGCUAGCAGUAUAUCAGGAACAAAGAAAAGAAACUUCAGAUCAGUAUUUCAUGGGGAACACAGAAGAAUAAGAUGAAAUAGGUUAUCACAUUUUUUCUCUUGUUCAGUUUAAGAGUAUGAGAGUCAAAAAAAAAAAAAAAAAAAAAAAAAAAAAGAGUAGGUUAAGGUAACAUGAUUGUCCUCUGAUAGAGAAUGUUAAAAUUUUCUAAGACAAAAGCACCCUUCCAUGUUUCAUUUUUAAGCUGAUUUAGAUAUUCAGGGUGAUGACAGAGGACCUCAAAUGAUGAUGAUUUACUGUUCCACCCUCAUCUAGUGCUCCACACUCAAGUGAGACUUACCCUGUGACUGUGUACUUUUUCCCUGCAGUGCAGAGUUAACAGAUUAGCCAGACUGACUGGCUGAAAAUGACUUAAAAUAACCCAUUUCCUUUCAUCAUGCUGUGAAUCCACACACAGUCAGCUACUGUGUCACUGGAGGAGGCAGAGCUUAAAGGAUGGCAGGAGGUGGCAUGUUCAGUUGUUUCCUAGGGUCUGACGGAGGGGUUCAGGGAACUGUCAGAGGAAUGUCAUCCAGAGUGAGAGAUGGUCCUAACCAGAUGAGGAAACAAUAUCUAUAAUUGUAACAUGGUCAGUAAAGAUACAGUGCUGGCAUUUUAGCUUAUUGGUCAUUGGUGAAAAGCAAGCAUAGCAGAAUAAAAAUAU